AUGUGGAGACCUCUUAAUCCUAUGAGAUAUAGAAUUGUCUCAUGUCAUAAAAAUAUAGCUGCAUAUGUCGUGGACCUUGACCACCAGAUUCCAUAUAGCACUCAUAUUGAAAAUGCGUAUACGAUCAUGAAGGAUGUAUUAAAUUCCACUCUUGUUAGGACACUUACUAUUGUUAGCACACUAAUAAAAUUAACUGAAUGUUCAAAAAUACCCGAGUUAUAUGGCUCUUUAUCGCUUUUCUUGAAUGGAACACAAGUAUUUACACAAUGCUCCACCGGGAUAGAGUUUUGGCAAGAUUGUUCCACACCCAACCCUACCAAGGGUUCUAUUGUCCGUGAUUCCCUUGAGAUUGAAGAUGAGGAUGAGGGGUCAAUUUUUUAUGCAAAUUCCACAAGAUUGGCUGUUCAAGUUGAUGACAAGAAGACAGUCGGGUUAAGUGCUUUUGCACGAAUAGCACCUUCAUGCCCAAUAAUAGCUGACCUGGUUACUGUCCACAAUCUGUUUGACACACUUACGAGUUCAUCUGGAGGCCGAUUGCACUUUCUUGUUUAUGGCAAGUAUCUCAAGAGUUUAGACAGUUUUCAUCUUGAUGCUGUAGAAUGCAUAUUAGCUAUUGAUGGAGACAAGCCUAUUCAUCCGGUACUGCAACAUAUUGGAAUAUCUGCAUGGCCAGGAAGAUUGGUCCUCACAACACAUGCUCUUUAUUUUCAGAGUAUCAGAGUGGGAUAUGGUGAUAAGAUUGUUAAGUACUACCUAUCAACAGAUUCAAAUCAAGUGAUUAAGCGUGAUUUGACUGGACCGCUGGGUGUCCGCCUCUUUGAUAAAGCUGUGAUGUACAAAUCAAACACUUUGACAGAACCAAUUUAUUUCGAUUUCCCUGAAUUAGGAGGUCCUUCACGAAGAGACUAUUGGUUAGCAAUCACCCGUGAAGUAUUGCAGGUGAACAGAUUUAUUAGGAAGUUCAAUCUUGGAGAUGUUCAGAGAGCAGAAGCACUCUCAAAAGCUAUCCUGGGCAUUUUCUUAGCAGAAAAGCUUCCAAAAGGAGACAUGGUCUUAGAAGCACUGUAUAAUAACUAUUUCCAACUCUUGGACUCUUCAUUGAGACAUUUGGCAAUUGAUUCUGCAGUCGAUAAAAUGUCGGAGAACCAUUCUGUACCAUUUUCUUUGUAUGCUCUCUCUAGAAUGGGUUUUCUUCUGCUGAAGACAAAAGAUGAAACUGAAAAGGAAAUGAGCUUUUGUGCUGUUUGCUUUGGUGUAACAAAAUCUCUGGAGGCUGCCCUGGAAGAGUCAAUUUGUUACUCUGAGAGAAUAGAGUCAGCACGUGCUACAGUCGAUCAAGUAAAGGUGGAAGGCGUUGAUGCAAAUCUUGCCCUCAUGCAGGAGUUACUCUUCCCUUUCGUUCAAGUAGGCAAGAUUGUUUACUCUCUCAGCCAAUGGGAAGAUCCUUUGAAAUCACUUCUAUUCUUAGCUUUCAUGUUGUAUGUUAUUCAAAGGGGUCUCGUCAGUUACAUCGUGCCCUUUGUUAUCUUAACUUUUGCUAUUAUCAUGCUUUGGCAUAAGUAUAUUGGAGACGGAAAAUUGUUGGAAGUGCUUGAAGUGAAACCUCCUCCAAGUAAAAAUGCUGUUGAGCAGAUUUUGACAUUGCAAGAGGCUAUAUCCAAGUUAGAAGAUUUUCUACAAGCUGCAAAUAUUACUCUUCUGAAGUUCAGAUCUGUCUUGUUUGCCUGUGUUACUAAGGCCACUGAAGUUGCUGCAGCUGUACUUGUUGUCACAGCUGCAUUUCUUGUCUUCGUACCUUCCAGGCAUCUGCUACAGAUGUUAGUCCUAGAGAUGUACACAAGGGAGAUGCCCCUAAGGAAACAGAACACUGAAAAAUUCUGCAGGCGAAUUAGAGAGUGGUGGGCUCGCAUUCCAGCUGCACCUGUGCAGAUGAUCAGACCUAAAGAAAGCAAGAAAAAGAGAUGA